CCCCUCCCUCCCGAAAAUCCCCCAAACUUUGGUUGGCCAAAAUCAUGGACGGAGAUCGACGGAUCACGGCGGCCGCCGCGCUCGCGUCGGUGGCGGCGGUGCUUGGCGACGACGACCUCCUGCGCGAGAUCCUCCUCCGCCUCGGCUUCCCCACCUGCCUCGUCCACGCCGCCCUCGUCUCCAAGCGGUGGCUCCACCACGCCUCCGACCCGGCCUUCCUCCGCCGCUUCCGCGAGCGCAACCCGCCCCGCCUCCUCGGCGUCUGCGUCGGCUACCCCGGCAGGUAUCGUUUCGUGCCUCUCCCGCAGCAGCCCCCGGAGCUCGCCGCCCCCAUACGCCGCGCGACCUCCUCCUGCGACGCCGCCUUCGCCCGCAGAUGCCCGCGAAUCAAGCACUGCCGGAACGGCCGCCUCAUCAUCGAGGUCUUCCACGCUGGCAGAUUCGAUCACCCCCUCGUGCUGCCGCUUCUCACCGGGGAGGCUGCUGCCGACCUCCUACGGAUCCGGCCCCACCGUGACCGCUGGGAGGGACACACUCAAACGGGAUUCACUGAGAUGUUCCUACCCGAGGAUGGGCGCCGCGAUGGCAUCACCUUGGUGAAUCUGUGGAGGAACUGGCCAAAAGUGUAUGCGGAGAUGGGCGUCCUGGGAUCUUGCAGAUCUGAUAGAUGGGACGCCCCUGCCAGGGGUCGGGCAGAGAUAGAGCUCCCGGAUGACAUCGUCUUCCUUGAAAUGCUACCACCCAUCCAUGGCAAAGUCUUCAUGGUGACCAACUUAGGGUACACCUUGGGUCUAGAUUUGGCCACCAGGAGCCUUUUCACCCUAGAGCUACCAGUUGGAGUGCGGGGCAACUAUAUGCUCUCAUGUGCAGAAGAUUCCGGGCUCUAUCUCGUUAGUGCAGAUGGGUUUCAGCUCAGUGUGUGGCUCCGUCGGAUGUCGGGCGCCGAUAAUGGUGCAGGCUGGCUGCUGGUGGACACAUUUUGUGUCGGUGUGGGUCAGGCCUGCACACCUCGCGCAGAGGACAGUUGGGUUCCUCAUGAUGUUUGCCUUGAUGUUGUCACGGUCGGGGACAAUGCUGACUUUGUGUUCUUGGAUCAUCCAGCAAGUGGCUCUCUCUUUUAUGUUCAUAUGAGGAGCAGGGUGGUUGAGAAGGUCUAUCAGAGGGGGGCAGAUGAAUGUGGGUAUAAACGUGCAGCUGCUGGCCACGUACGUGUCUCUCCUGUUAUGAUGAUCUGGCCGCCUAUCUUCCCAGCGCAGAACAAAGUGGGGCAUGAGGAAUGACCCCCCUGUGUUUGAUCAUUGUACUAUCUAAACUGAGUAUGAGUUCUGCAAUAGAGAGAAGGAGCUGUACCUUUGCAUUGAAGAUAAGGAAUUUAUCAUUGCGACCAGUGGUGUAAAAAACCUUUGGAAGAAGGGUAAGUAGAAAUGAGGAGCAGCAACUGGAACAUAAAUGACUGAAAGUACAACUUGUGGGAAGGGAACUUCAUUUGUGUUCUCGAAGGGAUGGCUCAAACGAUACAACAAGUGUGUAUAAGAUAUAUCAUAUAUGAAGACCUGUCAGUAAUGAAGAUUUUUUUUUACCGGAAACAGAAGGAGCUCUGCCUUUGCAUGGAAGAUAAAGAAUUUAUCAUAGCGACCAGUGGUGUAAAAAAACCUUUGUAAGACAGGUACGUACUAAUGAGUAGCAACUGGAACAGAAAUGACUGUAAGUACAAAUUUUUGGCAAGCAAGCUUCAUUUGUGCUCUGGAUUGGGAUGGCUCAAACGAUACUAUAAGGUGAGCAUGCUGAAUGUUGGUUGUCAUAUCCAUCUUCCAUAAUAGUUAUUUAUUUUCAAAAAAAUAAUGGUCCACAAGGCUAUUAAUCCGUCCAUCAUCACUACUUUACUACUAGUAGUUCUAGGGGAAAUCGUUAGGUGUGAUCUGGAGCUAGUUCUCUACUUAUUUUUGUGGUAUCCACUAGAUAAAGGGAUUUUAGAUGUGAUUUAUAUAGCUAGAUAGGAAGGUAUAUUGCUGAUGAGGUAAUGGAAAUUGAUGAGAGAAAAAUCAUCUAGAUUGGUUUGAUUGCA